CAUCCCACUAUGGAACAUCUAGUGUCGAAGAAUUGGAACUAAGGGAUACGUGCCUUCGGGAAGAAGGCAUUUCUGAACUUCUUAAACUUCCUCGAGCUCUUAAAAAAUUCAUCUACUCAGAGGAAUCCGCUCAAAUCUCUCGCCACAUCAAUCCCCAUAACUUUAGGCGAUCACUUGAAUGUGUAUCAACGAGCCUCGAGCUCCUUGAUGUGUCAUUAACAAGGUACAAGGCACUCCCUAAUGCCUUAGCUCUCUGGUCCUUCGAGAAUUUCGCUUCCCUUAGGGCUUUGUACAUAAACUACCGACUCGUAUAUGGUCUCGACCCGGAUUCAGCGCCUUGUAUUGCCAAAUCGUUGCCCAAGUCACUCGAGGUAUUGGCGAUGCGUAGGAUCCACGAGAGUAAUAAAUGGACCAAUGAAUCUGUGCUCAAAGUUUGGCAGCGUCUACUGGUCCAGAAAUCCCCGAGCUGCUUGACCCGCCUCCGGGUGAUCGCUCAUCUUACCCAUUACGACCUUUUACUUCCUCUGGCGGAACUAGGAAACACUCGAGGUGUGAGGUUCGCACGUAAAUGGGAAGAAAUGAAGUUAUAA